AAUCACAAUCUAAAUUCCGUCGACGUGUGUUGUUCUCUGAUUAUUACUCUAUUUUACGGUGUUUACCAAAGGUUUUUCUUGUUGAAAAUUUUUACUGGAAUUGAGUAUAGGCUAUAUAUCAUAAUUCAUAACAACUCCAACCCGAAUCGAAUCACAAUCUAAAUUCCGUCGUCGUGUGUUGUUCUCUGAUUUUUGCUCUAUUUUACGGUGUUUACCCAAGGUUUUCCUUGUUUUUGAAAGUUUUUACUGGAAUUGAGUAUUCUUGGAACAGCUUCGACAAAAUGGUGGGCAUGAUGUUGAAACAACUGCUCUACUCCACGGUGGUGCUCACGGCGAUCACGGCGACUCCCCUGGUCGAGGUAAAGUGGGAACUGGGCUACGAGGAGGGAGCCAGGGCGACCUUCAUAUACCAUGAAGUACUGCACACCGCUUUGGUGGCCCUGGGGCUGACCGCCCUGGCCAUGUCGCCCUAUUUGGCGAUCCGCGCCCGCUGGCGCUCGGCAUUUGCGAAGAUGACUUACUUGGCGGCGGUGGCCCCCUGGGCUUAUGUUUGCUGCUCGAAGUUCGCUUUUGCCUAUAAGAUCCAGCUCAGGGCCAUCUCUUACAUUUCGAACGAUGACCACUGGCACAACUUGGUCUUCGGCUUCGUCUCCUAUUGUGCCAUCUUUUGCCUGGCCAUGGAACAGAUCCUCCACUGGUCCCUCCUCUACCACUUGGUGACCGUCUUAUCGAAGGACUGGCGCACUCAUUUCAUCAUUUUUCUAUGAGUUUUCAUGUUUUGUUUGAAUAACGUUUGUUAGUCAUGCUAAAUAAUAUAGCUGCA